CGCUACCGAAUGCUUUGCUGCAAUAAUACAAUUUCGCACAAGGCUUGGAAAAUCGCGUCGCGCCGGUUUGCUUGGGCAUCCAGCCACAUCACUCGUGAAGUCGGGCCCCAAGCUUGAUCGAGCAUGGCUAGCUCGUCAGGCACGAGCUUCUUACAGGCACUCUCAAGGAUGAGGGUGAAUGCCGGCGACGGCAGAGCUGCCGCCCCGAUCCCGGAGAAAACGGUGCUCUUGAAGGGCCCACUCCAGGACCGGGUGAUAGCAUGGUCGCUCGACGCCAUCGAAAACGGCGAGGCAUGGCAAAAACAGCUCCAGCCGCUCCCCGACACCUUUGAGACGGCGGAGGAGUGGGCCGGCCUGCUGCAGCCCUUUUUGCUGCUGGAGAUGCAGGCGGGGCUGCGGCAGGCGCUGGAGCAGCUGGGCUCCGCCAAGUGGCUGCCGCUGGACGGCGUGCCGGAGCUGCGACGAGAUAACGACCAACGCGGCGGCGGCGGCGGUUUGAUUGGCGGCGAGGAAGAUGGCUUGGGCGGCUUCGCGCCGCCGACUUUAUGCAAGGCCACUGUCAACUUCACCGUGCGCGGGCAGGACCGAAGCGGCGCCGGAGCAGGCGACUGGCGCGCCGCGCGUGCCGCCACCGCGGCGGCGGCGGCUUCACAAGCGGGAGGUGGCGGCUGGGUGCACAAGAAGCCGCCGCCACUCAAGCCCACUGACAUCGUAUUGCUGGUCAACGCCCGGGUACCGGACCUGGCUUCGCUCCGGCGCAGCGACGUGCUGUGGGUGCUGGGCGUGGUGCAGCGGUCGCAACGCGGCAUCGUGGGGGACGCCGAGGACGAGGAGGACGGAGGCGGCGGUUUCUUCCGCGCGGCGGUGCAUGUGGCCGCGGGCAGCAGACUGGAGGCGGCACUGGCCGGCGGAGGCGCCGCCGCGUCUGGCGGCGGCUUGGCGGCUGCGGCGCGGGAGUGGUACGCGGUGCCGGUGGGCAGCAUCGCCACAGACGAGCGCGUGUGGAAUGCGCUUCUCUUCCUGGGCCCGCUCCCGGUGGCAGGCAGCGGCACUGCCCUGUCGCGUCUGUUGCCGCCACCGCCGCAGCCAUGCAUGCUGCAGCUACUGCUCGGCGACGGCAGGAGCAGCAGUAGCAGCAGCGCCGGCGCUGGCUUCGGUGGAGGCAGUAGCACUGUCUACGUGGAAUCCAUCCGUGCCGCUGCUCGGCACUACGCGAGCACCGUGCGGCGGCUCAAUCCCUCGCAGCAGGACGCGGUCGUGCGUGCGGCUGUGGCCUUGGCGGCCCGUUCCCCAGCCAAUGCCAUUGCCAAUGUUGAAGACGCAGGCAGCGGCAGUGGCAGUAGCAGCUGCGGCAGUAGCGGCGGCGGCGGCGGCCGCGCGGAGCUGCAGCUGGUGCAGGGUCCGCCGGGCACGGGCAAGACCUCCACCACGGCCGCGCAGCUGUCGGUUCUGGCGGCAGUGGGGAGGCCGGGCACUGCGCUGCUGGCAACUGCGCCCACCAACGCCGCCGUGGGCGAGACAGCCUCCAGGUUUGUGAAGCUGGUGGCGGCGGGCGGUCAGCAGUUUGCGGACAGCGAGGCUGCGGCGGAGCUGCGCCGCCACGGUCUGCGCGUGGAGCCGCCGCUCCUACCCGGCGACAUCGUGCUACUGGGCUCGGGCGACCGACUGGACCUGACCGGCAGCCCCGAGCUGCUGGCCGUGUUCCUGCAGGCCAGGGCCAAGCGGCUGUCUGCGGCGCUGGCCACCUGGUCCCUGACGGUACUCGACAUGCGGCGGCUGCUCGCCUACCCCUGCCAGGUGCAUGUGGACACAUUGCGCGCGGCGGAGGCAGCCACCGCCGCCGCCGCCGCACCGGGUGCAUUCCGACAGCCGCCGCCGCCACCGCAGCCGCCGCCGCCCCGAAGCGUGGGAGGGUUUCUCAAGCAGCGGCUGCCGCCGCUGCUGCGCGAGCUGGCGGCCGCGGCCAGAUGCCUACUCGCAGACCUGCCGUCUGCGGCCUGGGUGGCGGGCAGCAGCAGCAACAACAACAACAAUAGCAGGGGCAACAGCACUGGGAUCGCCGCUGUCGGUGGGCGUGGCGCCGCCAAUGGUAGCUUGGCGCCGGCGGCCGCAUAUGCCGCGCGAGCCGACACCAUCGUGGCGAAUCGCGACGCGGUGCAGGGCCUGGUAGACGCGUGCGCCCAUCUGGCAGCGGGGCUGGCGGCGGCGAGCGCUGCGGAGGCGUCACGUGCGGCUGAGGAGGUGGAGCGGCGUGGCGGCGCCGCUAGCGGCGCCGACACAGAUGCCGGCGGGCCCCUCCUAUCGGGCUCCGCCGCCCUGGCGUCCUCCAUGCUCGACCUGACAGCCGCCAUGGAACGUGCACGCCGCGCACUCGCGUCGAAUGUGCCCAUGCCCAACGCGGCGCGCUCGGGCGGCGGGAACAUCUUCGGGUACUGCCUCUCAAAGGCACGCGCCAUCUUCGCCACGGUGGCGGCGGUGGGGUCGGCGCGCAUGGCCGCCGCCCCGCCCGUGGAGGCGGCGGUGGUGGAUGAGGCCGCCCAGCUGCCGGAGGCGCACCUGGCUGUGCCGCUGGCGCUGUGUGGCGGCGGGUCGCUGGCGCUGCUGGUGCUGGUGGGCGACCCCCAGCAGCUGCCCGCCACAGUGCUGUCGCAGGUGGCUCAGGCCAGGUUGUACGGCCGCAGCGCCUUUGAGCGCCUGCAGCGGUGCCAAGGCUGGCCCGCGCUGCUGCUGGACACGCAGUACCGCAUGCACCCGGCCAUCAGCACCUGGCCGCGGGACCGCUUCUACGGCGGCAGGGUGGUGGACGGGCCCAACGUGACCGCCCCCGCGUACGCCGGCGUGGCGCAGCUGCUGGGGCUGGCCUGGGGGCCCCUGGUGGUGCUGGACGUGAGCAGUGGGGCGGAGGAGCGGGAGGCCUACAAUGACGGCACUGGCGAGGAGGACGCCGGCGGCGGUGGUGGCGGCGGCGGCGGCGGCGGCAAAGGCACCAGCUGGCGCAACCCGCACGAGGCCGCGGUGGCGGCGGCGGUGGUGCGGCAGGUGGCGGCAGCGUGGCGAGCGCUGCGCAGCAACAGCAAUACCGUGAGUAUGACCGGUGCUGGCGCCGCGACCAAUGGUGCUGGUGGUGUCGCGGCCGCUGCGACGGCGGAGGCCCUGGCGGGCCUGACGGCGGCGCGCCGGUCGCUCUCCAUCGGCGUCAUUUCGCCGUACAGGGCCCAGGUGGACCUCAUCACCUCCAAGCUGGAGCGACUGGACAUCGACCUUGCGUUGCAGGCGGAUGCGGAGGCAGAGGCACAGGCGGCGGCAGAGGCGGGAGGGGCGGAGGCGGGCACAGGCGGGCCGCCAGCCGCGCCAUCAGGUGGUGGCGGCGUGUCGGUCGCGGUGCGCUCCGUGGACGGGUUCCAGGGCCAGGAGAAGGACGUGAUCGUGCUGAGCCUGGUGCGCGCCAACACCGCCGGCUAUGUGGGCUUCACGGACGACGCACGCCGCCUCAACGUGGCCGCCACACGCGCCCGCCACGGCCUGGUGGUGCUGGUGCACGCCGCCACACUGCGCCACCGCAGCGAGCUGCUGCGUGCGUUCCUGGAAGAUGCAAGGCAGCGCGGCGUGCUGCUGUCUGCCAGCGACCAGCCGCAGAUGGCGCCCGCGUUCCGGGCUGUGCAGGCGGAGCAGCGGCGGUGCGCCGCUAUCGUGCGCGGCAGGGCGCCGUGGGACGAAGCGCCAUGGAAGGUGAUCUACACGGACCGCUACUGCAGCUCCUGCAUGCAGCUGCAGCCCAAGGCGUGGCGCGUGCGCAUGAUCGAUGCGGUGCUGGAGCUGGCGCACGGGCGCUUCCCGCGGCGGCAGGUGCCGCUGGCGGCGGUGCGGCCCGAGUUGGCCGCCCUGCUGCGCGGCCAACGGCUGCAGGGCGGGCGGCUGGUGCUGCUGUGGUCGGUGCGGCUGGAGAGGCAUCAGCAGCAGCCCGUGCGCCAGGGCGGCAGAUGGGUGCAAGCGCUGCAGCUGUGGGACGUGCUACGGCUGCUGCCCGGGCAGGAUGCGGAGCUGGGUGCGGCGGUACGACGGGUGGAGGCCGAGAUGGCCACCUACACAGACGAACACCUGGCUGCGUUGCGGCUGGGCGAGCCGGGGCCCGACGGCCUCAUCCGGCCGCGCCUGAUCUGCACCGGGCCCGACCUGCCCUUUGCCCGCUUCGUUGGGGCCGCAGCAGCCGCCCCUGGCGGGGCCGCCACCUCUGGGACAGCAGCAGCGGGGCGCCACGCCGGCGUGGGGCCCCGGGGUGCAGCAGCCGCGGGCGCUGGCGACGAUGCUGACAGUGCCGGUGUGGACGCGCAGCAGGAGCAGCAAGGGCCGGACACGCACAGCCGGCUGUACGUGAUGGAUGCGCUGCACGCGCGGCAGCUCGCCACCAGCGACCAGGCGGGCGCGCUGGCGGCGAUGUUCAAGCUGACGCCGGAGCAGGAGCGGGUGGUGCACGACGACCGCUCCGUCAUUGUCAUCGGGCGCAGCGGCACGGGCAAGACCAGUGUCAUCCUGUCGCGGGUGCUGCUUUACGAGGAGGCCUUCGCGCGGCUGCACGGCGGCGGUGGACGUGAUGAGGCGGAGGGUGGGCAGCAGCAGGGCAGCAGUGGCAGCAGCGGCAGCAGCGCGGCCGCGGCCGCCGGCAGCAAGGUGCGGCAGUUGAUCGUGACGCUGAGCCCCCGCCUCGCGAGCUCCACUGCCACCUACCUGCGCAAGUGCACGGCCCAGUUCCAGGGCCUGCAGCUGGCCGCGACAGCAGCCGAAGCGCUCGAUGAUUCGGCAGACGCUGGAGGCGGCGGAGCAGAUGCCGGCGGCGGGGGCGAGGCUGGCGGCGGGGGCGAGGCUGGCGGCGGGGGCCUGCUGCAGCUUAGUGACGACACGGACGCGGCACGCAUGUACGGCGACAUGCCCGGCAGCCUGGCGGAGGUGUCGGACGCCGCCUGCCCGCUGGUGCUGGACCUGCGCCGCUUCCUCCUCAUGCUGGACGCCGGGCUGCCUGACCCAUUCGCGGCGGCACAGCGGCGUCGGGCGGCGGCGGCGGCGGCCCGGCGUCGGGCGGCAACGGCAGGUGCUGGCGGUGGCAGCAGGGCCGCGCCGGCGCCGGCUCAGCAGGCGAAGGCGCCGGCGGCGCGGGGUAGCGGGCAGCGGUCGCACGAGGAUGAUGAUGACGAGGACGUUCCUGACACCUGGGACGUUGACAGCGAGGACGGCGCUGUUGGGCUCGGUGCCGCGGGCGGCGGUCUGGGUGCGGCCGUAGGUCAGCAGCAGUGCGAGGCGGCGGCGGAGGCGGUGGAGGUGGACUAUGAGCGCUUUGCGGCGGCGUACUGGCCGCGAUUCAGUGCCGAGCUGCGCAAGGGCUUCAAAGAGCCGGCUCUGGUGUGGCGCGAGGUGCAGACGCACAUCAAGGGCAGCCUGGCUGCGGUGCUGCCGGAGGCCUGGGGCGGCGGCGGCGGCCGGCUGUCGCAGGAGGCGUAUGUGGGCAUGGCGGAUUCACGCGCCGGCGCGAACCUAAGCGCCGAGCAGCGCGAGUGCAUCUACAAACUGUUCAAGCAGUAUGAGCGGCAGAAGGAGGCGCAGGGCGAGUUUGACCUGGGCGACCUCACCGCACACCUGCACACGGCGCUUGGCGGCGGCGGCAGCAGGCGUGCCCAGGCGGCGGCGGCGCUGGCGGCGGCCCGGCAAUUCCGAUUUGUGUACGUGGACGAGGUUCAGGACCUCACGCCGGCCCAGGUGGCACUGUUCAAGUACGUGUGCGCCCGCCCCGCCGACGGGCUGCUGCUGGCAGGCGACACGGCGCAGACCAUCGCCAAGGGCGUGGCGUUCAGGUUCGAGGCGCUGAAGGACCUAUUCUACCUGUGGAUGCUGAGGGGCGGCCCUGGCGGGCAGGGGCCGCCCGCGCCGCUGUUCGGGCCGGGACGGCCGGUGGCCCCGCUGCCGCUGGGCGUCAAGGUGCCCGAGGUGACGCCGCUGCUGGAGAACUUCCGCACGCACGCCGCCAUCUCGCGACUGGCGCACUUCGGCGUGCUGGAGCCGCUGCUGGCCUUGUUCCCCGAGGCGCUGGACCGACUGCCGCCAGAGACCUCCAAGCUCCGGGGCCCGAAGCCUCUGUUCCUGCUGCCCUCCUGCGGCCGGCUGGAGGACCUGCUCCUGCCAGACACUGCUGCUGGGGGCAGUGGCCCGGCCGCCGCCGCCGCUGCCCGUUCGGGCGGGGGCGCCAAUGGUGGGGGUGGCGGAGACCGCGGCUCGACCGCAGCCGCAGCGGCGGCGGCGGCUCACGAGGUGGUGGUGCUGGUGCCGACCGAGGCGGCCAAGCAGGCGGUGCGCCGGCAGCUGGGGUGCGGCGACGGCGGUGCAGGGCAGCAGGUGCUGGUGCUAACGGCACUGGAGAGCAAGGGCCUCGAGUUCAAGGUUGUGCUGCUGUACAACUUCUUCAGCUGCUCGGCUCUGCAGCCCGCCUCACGAUGGCGGCUGCUCUACCGCCUGCUGGUGCAGCCCGAGUUCGGCGGCCGGCUGCGACCCGAGCAAGUGGAGCCGGGAGGGGAGUUCGCGGCGCCCAGCUUCGACCUGCGGGUUCACAGCGUGUUGGCCUCGGUGCUCAAGGAGGCGUACGUGGCUGUGACGCGCGCGCGGCUGGAUGUGGCGAUUCUGGAGGAGGACCCCGCAGCGGCGGAGCCCGUGCGCGCGCUGUGGGGAAAGCAGGGGAUGGAUCUGGUGGACGAGCGAGCGCAGGCGGACGACGCGGUACUGGUCCGGCUGCGGCGGCAGAUGGAGCCGGAGGAGUUGCGGCAGCGCGCGGCGGACCUGUUCGGGGUGGGCAACUACCGCGACGCAUCGGCGCUGUUUGGUCGCCUGGGCGACACGGCAAACAAGCUGUUCUGUGAUGCCCAGCUGGUCAAACAAGACGCCGUGCGCGCUCACAACGAAGGCAGAGCCAAGGCUGCAGAGCGGCUGCACGCGACCGCGGCGCAGCUCUUCAUGCAGUGCGGGAGGUACGCCCAGGCGGCGGAGCAGUUCGGGGCGGCGGGACUGUGGGGCGAGGCGGGAGACGUGUACCACACCCACCUGCGGGACAGCCUCCAGGCCGCCACCUGCUACGAGCGCGCGGGUCGCUGGGCGGACGCGGCUCGCCGGCUUGUGGAGGUGGCGCCCACGGGCCCGGCAGGAGGAGGAGAUGGUGGCGGCGGGCCGGCGCACCUGGACCGCACCCUGGCCGCCUGCGUCGCAGCCAAGGAGUUCAUGCUGGGGGUGGAAGCCUUGCAGCGCUGGAGCCAGCAACCCAACCUCCUGCUGCCGCCGCAGCAGCCGCAGCAGCAACCGCGGCCGGCAGCGGCAGGGGCCGCCGCCGCGGCUGUGGCGCGGCGCGCACAGCUGCUGCUGCCACGGCUGGUGUCGCGGGGCGCGCUGCACUGGAGGGACGUGGCGGGCGGGCGCGAUGAGAUGCUUCGCUUCGUGCAGCUGCUGCCGGGUGGCGAGACGGCGCAGCGCCGCUGGCUGGAAAGGUAUCGGCUGUUUGACGAGAUCCUGCGGCUGGACGUCGCCGCCGGCCGCUUCCUGUCUGCCGCUCGCAUCAUGGAGGCACAGGCGGCGGCAGUGCCGGCAACCGGCGGCGGUGGCGCGGUGGCGGCGGAGGCGCUGGGGCACGCGGUGGAGCUCUUCGUCAGGGCCGGCCGGGCGGAGGAGGCGGUGGCGCUGCUGCUGCGCCGCGCGCGCAGCGCUGUACUGUGGGGCGGCGAGCGGUCGGACUGGCCGCCGCCCAAGCGGCCCGGCGGCGGCGGUGGAGGUGGAGGCGCAGCAGCACGGCACCUGGAGCAGGCGCUGCAGGUGCUGCAGCAGGACAACGCGGGGGGCAAGAUGGGGCCGGUGGCCAGACGGGCCUGCCAGCUGCAGGCGGACGUGCUGAGCCUGCUGGUCAAGUCGGGAGGUGGAGGCGGAGGCAGCAGCAGCGGCGAGAGGGCGGCGGCGGUGCACAACAAAGCCGCCGCUGCUGGCGUGCCCCUGCAGGCGACGACAACGCUGUUGGAGCAGUGGGAGGACUGGCGACCGCGUAUCGGUGCGCUCGAGGCAAGCGCAGGCGGCAGCGGCUGUGGCGGCGCAGCGGCGCUGGCGCGGCUGUGCCUGCUGCGGCGCCUGUGUUAUGAAGCCGUGGAACAGGCGGCGGCGGUAACGGCGCAGCAGCAGAAGCAGCAGCAGGCGCAGAAGCAGCUUCCCUCCAUCAACAGUGCUGGCAGGCCAGCGGCGGCCGCCGCCGCCGCCGCCGCCGCCGCCGCCGCCGCCGCCGCCGCCGCCGCCGAGGCGACCACCGCCUCCAUUGCCGCCGCCGCGGUGCAGCUGCUCCGCCUGUGGGGCCUGUACCGACGCUCUCUGACAGACGUGCUGCGUGUGCUGGAGCGGGCGCAGCAGGGAGUUGUCGCAGCGGCCGUAGCGCCCGGUGGCGGCGGCGGCGCCGCUGCUGCCAGGUCCGCCGCUGUCGGGUCCGCGGCUUCCUCGGCUGCGGCUCAGGAGGCGGAGCUGCUGGCGGCGCUGCGGGCAUACCACCUGGUCGUGCCCGGAGGCGCACACGCCGCCGGUGCCGAGGCGGCGGUGUCUGCCGGCGGCGGAGCGGGCGGCAGUGGCGCCGGCGGGAGCGGCGAGCUGCGGCUCGAGUGCUCGCACAGCGCGGCCUGGGUGCGCCCGCCGGCGGUGCGCGCGGCGCUGCGCAAGGUCCUGAUCUCCAGGUGCAGCCUCGGCGGCGGCGUAUCCAAUGCUGCCGACGCCGCGGCGCCGGCUGCUGCUGCUGCCGGCGGCGGCGACGGAGCGGCAACCGUGACCCAGCUUGUGCUCACGGAAGUGUCGCCUGACACGUUCUACGCCGGCGCCUCGCUCUACUGGCGAGCGGAGCUGGAGGCGCGGUCGGCGGCGGCGCUGAGGGCGCUGCUCGGCAUGGCGGAGGCCCUGCGGCCCAGCUAUGAGACCUACAAGGCCGUGGGGGACACGGCGCUGACAGGCGGCCGGCCCAACGCGCUCGUGAUACGGACGCCGGCGGCAGCGGCAGGAAGAGGAGGAGGAGGAGGAGCCGGCGGCGCGGCAGCGGCGGCGGAUGCCACUCAGUUGCGGGCGCAGCUGCUGGCGGUGGUGGUGGCCGAGGCACGGCUGCUGCAACAGCUUCAGAGCAAGGCUUCCGACCGCGGCGGCAGCAACAAAGGCGCCGCUAGCGGCAGGGUCGCGGCAGCCAACGCGGCAGCCAACGCAGCAGCCGGUCGCCCACCUGCUGGUCUGGCAGUAGCAGCAGCAGUAGCAGCUGCUGCCGACCUGGACGCCCUGCUGGAGCAGCUGCUGGCCGCCACCGUCACGGCGCCGCUGCCGGCACUGCUGCGCGCUGCCAGCCUGCCGGCGGCGCGGCGCCACGCGCUGGAGGAGCUGGAGGCGCACUACCUGCCGCGCCUGCUGGCGGCGGCGGCGGCACGGCAGCCGCGGCUGGUGCUGCCGCUGGUGCACCGGGCGCAGGACCUGCUGUGGGAGCGGCCCGCGCCCAGCCGCCUGACACUGGAAGAGGUGGCCAGGGUGGUGCUGUUGCAGCCGCUGCUGGCGCCGGGCUUCCUGCUGCGUGCGGCGUACGAGGGCCAGGUGGACUGGGAGGUGGUGUGGGCCCAGGAUCCACGGCGCUACUCCGCCUGGCAGCUGCUGCUGGAGAGCAGCCGGGUGGCCGACCACGUCCGCCCCCUGGUGGCUGCGGGCGCCGACCCCGGGGACGUCAUGGGCCCAGCCUGGGUGGCCCGCUCUGGCAUCAGGGCGCUGCUGGACCUGCACCGCGGCGCCUCGCUCACGCCGCAGCAGAAGGAGUGGCGGCCCUGGGCGGCGGUGCGGCCGCUGACGUGGCUGGCGCUGCUUGAGCGGCACUGCCUGCUGGCGCUGGCGGUGCUCAGCGGCGGCGCCAACAACCUGGUGGCCCCCAGCUCCCUCGUGUUCGACCACCUCACGCAGCCUGGCGUGGCGGACCUGCUGACCCUGAGCCUGCGCCACACGGCGCGUGAGGCCGCGCCGGAGCGGCGUCAGGCGCUGUAUGCCCUGCUGUGCGAGGCGUGCGAUGCGCUGGCCAGGGUGCUGACCGCGCCCGAGGCCGUGCGCCCGGCCGGCCGCGUGCAUGACGGCAGCGCGCGUGGCGGAGCUGGCGGAGCAGGCGGAGGCGGUGGCGCAGGUGGGAGUGCCGCAGCAGGGCAGCAGCAGUGGCCGUCGCUGCAGCAACAGAAGGUGCAGCCGCAGAAGGCGCGGGUCGGCGGCGGGUCGGCGGCGGCUGGCAGCGGCGCCGGCGGCGCCGGUGGCGGAGGCAGGGACGAGGACGGCGAGGAGUUGGGCAUGUUCCUGCGCCGAGCGGUCGCACUGCUGUUCACCAUUGCCAUCAACGUGCGCUCGCCGCCGCUGCAGCAGCAGCAGCAGGCGCCACAGCAUCCGUACCAGCAGCACCAGAUGCAGCAGCAGCGGCUGCAGCGUGGGUUCCUACUGCCGCAGGAGCAGCGCCUGCAGUCAUACCAGCAUAUGAUGCAGCCACCGCCGCCGCCGCAAGCGCCGGCACCGCAGCCGCCAGCGUCUCCUGCGGCCUCCUGCUGGCGCGUGGCGCGCGCGGCGGUAGGCAGUUUAGGGCCGCCAAACGCAGGCGGUGCCAGGGCGCCCAGCGGCGCUGCUGCCAGCAGCGGCAGCGCUCGCGGUGGCCUGGCGGCUUACCUGCCGCUGCUUCCCUACACCCUGCGCUUCAUGCUGUCGAGCCUGAACGCCCUCCACAGUCGCAGCCCUGCGCUCUUCUCUGAGCCGUCGCUGCUGGGGCCCGAGUUCUGCAAGGCGCUGCAGCGAGGCGGUGACAAGCCGCUGCGGCUGUUCCGGCGCGCCGUGGCGCCGCCGCCGGGAAUGGCGUGGGCGCGGGACCGGAACAAGGGCGUCAACGUCGAGGAGGUGCGGGAGCUGCCGCCGCUGCGAGGGCCCGGCGCGGCUGCUGCUGACUAUGCGGCGGCGCGGGGACAGCUGCGCAAGGUGCUUUUCUUUGCCAUUCCCGAGAACCUGCUCAGCUCCGCCGCAGACGACCUGGCGGCCGGCGACGACGACGAUGGCACUGCCGCAGCAGCAGCCGGCGGCGCCGGCCAGCAGCAGCCUAUGAGCUCCCUCGGCGAGGACCACGCAGCGGCGGCUCGCACGGACGCCGGCGCCGGCACUGUCACUGGCACCGCUGCGGCGGCAGCAGCAGCAGCAGGCGGCGAGGUAGGCUCGGCGGAGGACGCUGCGGCGGCAGCGCGGCAGCAGGUGGUGGCCACGGCGGCGGCGCUGGGCCGGCGGGGCUUCGUGAUGACGUGGGUGUGGCUGGCUCGUGCGCGGCAGCAGGCGCUGCUGCCGCGCCUCAGUCCGCUGCAGCGCGCGAGGCGGCAGGCGGUGGCUGCCUUUCAUGCGCUACUGCCCUCGGUGGCGGGUGCUGCCAGGGAUGGAGGCGGUGCGGGUGGUGGCGGCAGCGCUCAGCGGGGCGGGGCCGCCAAAAGCCGCGGCAGCGGCGGUGAGGGUGCUGACAGAGGCGCGAAGCUGCCGGGUCGCUUCACGGCGUACGUGUCGCUGUUCCUGGAGCAGGCGUGCCCGCUGCAGGUGGAGCUGCAGCAGCUGCAGGGGGCCCUGCAGGAGGCACUGCGGCGGCUGGAGCAGCAGCAGCAGCAGCAGACGCUGGGUGGCAGUAGCACUGGCGCCGCAGCGGGUGGCGGCAGUGGUGCUGGCGGGGAACAGCAGCGCGACGUGGUGCAGCUGCUUGACCUGGCGUACGAGUACACGGAGCGGCUGGCGGCGGAGGCGGCGGUGCUGGACGUGGCCAGCCACGCGGGCCGCCACGCCGCCUGCGACGCGGCCUGGCUGGCUGCUGGGGCGCUGGAGCCGCUGCGGCUGCUGGCGGCGGAGGUGCGCCGGGAGCUGGGCCAGCAGCUGCCGGGGCAGGCGCCGGGGCAGGAGCUGGAGCCCUAGACGGGGCCCUACAGGGGGACGCAAGCGCUGGGGCCGGCUAGCAGCACAUAUGAGGUGAUUGAACGGUGGGCUGGCGGGCUGCACGGGGUGCGUUGGCACGGCGGCACCACAGGAGGGAGGGGGAGGGCUCUCGAACCGAGGCCCGGCUUCCCAGGGCCGGUCCCCGGGCAGCUGGCGUGCAGUUGGUGGUAGCGUGGGAGGUAUGGCACGUGUGGUGUGGCCAUUCGGUGCAUUAGUUGUUCAAGAGGGUGCAGGCAAGGGGAACAAGCAAGGGCUGGCUGGGCGCUGCACUCUUGCGGGGCGCGGGGGGCCGGGGCGCUACAGCUGGCUGGGACGUAAGAGCGGAACGUAUGUAGCAUAGCGGCCAUACCGUUGUUCAUGCGCAGUUGAGGUGCGUUGAGGCGCGACCAGGUGUGCAUGACAGUGCGUCGCCCUGCAAGCAGCUCGAGGUCACUGUGUGCCACACAUGCCGUGGGCGUUGGCCGCUGCUAGCCGUGCACUGCCCAGCGGGCGCCUUCGGAAUCCGGAUGCCGGGCACGUCCGGCGUUUUUGUGCAGGACGACUGGCGGGGUCACACGCCGACCGACGGUACCCACAUCCCACCGAAUCACCAAUGGUACCAACAAGCCUCGCGAGGCAUUUGCGGUGUCGUGCUAUCGCCUGGCCGGGCGCCUGGAGCGUGAGGAAUGCGUGUCAGCAAACUUCAAGCCAGCCAGCAACUCGUCGGUACAGUAACUCCGGCGUUCGACCAGCCAUGCACUUUUGCUCUGCCACUGCAAACUGUUUGCCGUCUGCUUGGGGAAUGGGCAUCAGCUGCACCCUACGGGACC